AUGGUGCGCGACCAUUCUUCUGAGUCCAACCCGUGGGGGACGGAGCCAUCGUAUGCUCAACGUCUCUCGUCCUAUCACACCGAACAGGAUGCUUCUUACCACCAGCAGAUGACUGACGUCCUCGAAUCGCCGAAAAGACCAUCUUCGAAUGGACUGCAUUCCUCAAUAUCGACGUUAUCCGCCGCAAGAAACGGCGUCGCUCUGAACGGGAACCAUGCCGGGCACGAAAACGACGACGACGACGACGACGACGACGACGAUGACGAUGACCAAUUCGUCUACGAUGGCGUUGAUACAGUCGCUGCACCUUCCACUUCGACUCCUGACGACAGCACUGUCUCGGGCGAAAUGAGCUCCGAUACGUAUAGCGCCAAGCUCAAAGACAUCCUAGGCAGCGACGAUGAAGACGACGACCCCCAUCAAGGCCCUGCAGCAAUGGCCGGGAUCACCACCGACGUGCCUGCACAUGCUUCCAUUGCAUCUCCAUGCUCUCCCAACACACAGAGAGGAGCGACAUUGCAUCCAGAAACCGACGCUGCUUCCAACAUCACCCCUCGUCAUGUCGAAGCAGCCCCCAGUGACGACGGCUCUUCGUUCAGAUACCCCCAUGCUCUGCCCAACGAUGUCAGCUUUGAUACGAGGUCCGCUUCCUCUCUCCAGCGCCGUUCCCAUUCCCGCCAGCGUCUGCCAUCUCAGCCAUCAUCUUCCCGCAUCUUCACACCCAGAUCCACCUCUGGCACGGGUCUCUCACUACUACGAUCAUCCAACACCAUGACUUCCGCAUCCACUCCACAGCGACCUGUCGCCUAUCCUUCGCUUUCCCGUUUGCGUGCAUCGGUUGGCAGGGCUGCUAGCGUCUCGCUGGCAUUACCCAAACAUCUUCAGGUCGAGUCCGGUGCCUCUUCUGUGGAUCUUACCGGCUCGCCCUCAUCAUCCACAUCUCCGAAAAAGGCGCGCUCACCCUUGCCGUUCGAGUUCACCGCAAACGGAGUGGCAACUGCGGCGGCGGCAGCAGCACACUCGUCCAAGGAUGACGACGCAAGUCGAUCCGGCAUAGCAGAGUCCUUCAUCACACAGCGCUCGCGCCAGAGCUCCUUCUCCACUAGUGUCAGUGGAUCCAUUGUGGGUCACACCAAGCGCCGCCGUCCACGUGCUUCGUUUCCUUAUGGCGGCACUCUCCAGAGUGCACCGUUACCAUCAGCACCGAGCGCUACCUCCCUCCUCAGCGACCCUUUUAGCUCCUCCUUCUCGGCUCACCGUCAAAGCUUGGAUCACAAGAUCGUCCUUGGAGGCGGACGCACAGAUGACAUCGACAACUCCUUGACUGCCCUCAAAGAAACGCUCUCCAACAAUCGCAACGAGCUGAGCCGCGACUUUGUCAAAUGGUCGGCAUUGCGGCGCAUCAUCGCGAAUGUCAACCCUGGUCGUGACGCUCUUGAACCGGUUCCCACCGUGCUUGCUGUCGCCGGCGGUCUCAUCGCUGUUGGCACUCAAGGCGGCAAGACGAGCGUCUGCGACUUUGCCCAAGCACCAAUAGCUUCCUGCGGACACGAUGCCAGAGGUCACGGAGAUGCCGUCACUGCCCUCGCCUUUUCGUCGGAUCACUCGUUUCUCGGUGUAGGCCACGCAUCUGGCAACAUCUUUCUCUAUGAUCUCGCCAACCCUGGACGCGCCGCUCGACAUGUGCCUCCCGUGCCCCUGUCCUCCGUCAAAGCAGGCAAGAAGGAAGGUCACCUCUCAGGCUCGGCCAUCGUCCACAUUGGCUUCAUCGGCCUUCGUCAUACUGCCAUUGUCACCGCCGAUAGUAAAGGUCUUGCGUUCUACCAUGCUCUCGGCAAGAUUCUGGGCGUCAGCUCCAACGACACCCUUCGUCUGCUCGGCAAGUACCCGCAGUACGAGCACGAAGACGAGCUCGGCCUCGGCGACGCCAAGAAGCGCAACCCCAUCUUCCAGCUCAGCCCGCUACCCCUUGGUCCGCGGCCGCAUCCCGCUGAUGAAACGACCUUUGUCGCAAUGAUCACACCCACCAAAAUGGUUGUCGUCGGUCUCAAGCCUUCACCUCGAACGUGGUAUCGGAAAGUCAACCGGUCACAGCCGGCAGAAAAGCAAGGCGUGGUUGCAAGGGCCGAAGAAUCAUCCAUCCAGGAACCGGCUUGCCUCGCUUGGUAUCCAGCAUCAACCGAAACGGACGGCAAGCGCAGGCGGCAGACCAACCCGAUCCUCGCCUUUUCCUUCGGGUCCACACUGCAUCUUGUUCGACUCAAGGUGAAGAAAGUGGAACAGCGACCGGACCCAAGAACUGCACGCGGCCCAAAUGCAGCGGCAGCGAGCCUCACCGUCGAAGAAGUCGAUCCUGUCGAGCUUACAGGCGAGGACGGCAUCGAGGAGCCGGAUCGCAUCGUCGCUCUACAGUGGUUCAAUCCUGAUCUGCUCAUGCUGACCACAAAAUCCGGCCUGGCGCUCUUUGAUUGUCGCGCCGGCAAGGUGACGGAGCGCAUGAGGGGCGGAAGUGCAUCGGCCAUUCUCGCAAAGACCGUGGAACAGCGCUAUUAUGACGCCGUCCUGCUAGGCAAGCCCUACGAUCCACACGCCGAGUCGCAAGACAAUUCCACAGACCUUUCCCAAUCACAACCUCCUCGCUCGUGGGCCAUCAAUCAUAGCAUACGCAUCUCCAAGGGGCGAUCCUUCUUCCUAACCAAGUCGGAUCUUAUCGUUGGCACUUUGCUAUCAUGGGCGGAUCGCUUGCUGCUCUACGUCACUCAGGGCGACUUUUUGUCCGCCAUCGAACUGGCCACCCUGUACCACCAGGGCAAGUUUCUCGGUUCUGCCGUCGGUCUUCCUUCUGAUCCUACUGAGCGCACGCUCAUCGUUGCAGACAAGCUUCGCGAGCUCAUGUCGGCCUCAGCAGAGUAUGCCUUUUCGCCAGACCGGUUGACCGACAAUACGCAUGUUACGCCAGAUGGUCGGGGCGUAGAUCGGACCUCGCUCUUCCAAGGCCUGGCUCGCGUCUGCGCACGUGCUUGUCUUUCGCUCGACGACCUCGACUUCCUGUUCGGGACGCUGUAUGACAAGUACGAGGACAACGGCAUCGAGCCCAUCUUUGUUGGCCAGAUGGAAGACUUUAUCGUUUCAGGCGAGCUCCGGUCUUUGCCUAUCCCUGUGGUACAGAGACUCGUUGCUUUCCGCAGGGACAGGCAGGAGUACGCGCAGGCCGAGCGCAUCAUCUGGCAUGUGGAUCCCAAAUCGCUCGAUCUCGAUCAGGCACUGUCGCUGUGCCUCGACAGGAGGCUGUACGACGCGUUGAUCUAUGUCUUCAAUGCUGCGCUGCAAGACUAUGUCUCGCCCAUCAUCGAGUUGCUGCACCCGUUGCGGCGCGCCAUUGGUCAUCGCCAGAAAGUGCAACAGCAGAGCAGCAAGGCAGACUCGGAAGAUGCGAGCGAGGACCCAUAUGUCCGCAUCCGCGUGUCGGAAGCAGCGGAUCAGGAAGGGUUCGAAGCAACUCCAGAUUGGAGUCUCGAGGAGCGUGAUCUUGAGGACGGCUACCGUAUUUUCUCCUACUUAUCCGUGAUCCUUACGGGGUGCAAGUACCCAAGCCAGGAGCCGUUUGAAGAGGAUGAACAGGCGAGCAAGGCCAAGAGCUCCAUCUACUCGUUUGUCUUUUCAGGCGGGUGUACGCUGUGGCCCCCGGGUCCUGGCGGAAGACUUGUGCUGUACGGACUGGACGACAGUGCAUGUACAGCCUCAGGACGCGACGAGGGCAGCAAGGAAGAUUCGAACGGAGAGCAUGAGCCCAUCUACCCGUAUCUCCGCUUGCUGCUCGAAUUCGAUGCCGAGGCAUUUCUCGACGCUUUGGACCUGGCCUUCGAAGAUGGCUUCCUCGACGACGAAGACGUGGUGGGCAAGCGCAUCAGCAGGCAGCUUGUUGUGGAUAUACUGCUGGAGCUUACAAGUUCGCAAAGCUCCGGCAGGUCCACUUCUGACCUUGCGCAUCCUGGCACGGCCCACGAUGAGCCCUCGGCCAUCCGUCGUGCGCAGGAUAACAAUUCGCCUGAGCUGCCUUUGGUGGCACGCAUCUUUGCCCACAUCUUUGUCGCGCGUAAUGCGCCCAAAUACCCGCAGUUCAUUCGCCUGCCGCAGCAAACCGUGGAUCUUCUUCUGCGCUCACUCGCGCUGCCCGUUUCGAACCAUCCAGACAAUUUUGAAGUCAUCGAGUCGACGCACGAGGACCGCGAACUGGCUGCUGAGUGCCUGCUUUCGCACUACAAGCCGCGAUUCGACGACGGCUGGCUGGACACUUUCGAGCGCGCCUCGUUCCAUCGCAUCCUGCGUUCUGCAUUCCGUCAAGAGAAGAGGUGGGACCGCUUGUUGGGCAUGUACCUCCGAGAGCACUUGCAGACCGGCCCCUCUUAUCCAGCCGACAGCGACGAGAAUCUGGCCAAGACGCCCGGUGGUGAUGCCUUUGCGCACUUCGAAGAGACUCUAUUCAACGCUACGAGAAAGAAUACGCCAGAAAGGGACAUGCUUCAGGCGAGAUUGCACGAGCAGCUGACAGACCACAUCAUCGAUCUGCUCGAUCUUGACCCGCUCAAGACUGCUGGUCUGAUGGACCGAUUCUUCCCCAUGCAGCACGAGACAGUGCUGCAACGGCUAGCCCAGCUGGACGAGAAGAGGCUGCUGUUGUACCUGCAAUGCUUCUUUGACCCAUCGCUGGUCAGCCAGGACAGUGCAUCUCGGUUCCCACCAUCGCGUUCUGCUAAUCCUGCGCUUUCGGACCUCGACUGCACUACCACCGUCACGCGCACAGAUCCCUCGAGAGUGGCUUACAAUGCUGACGUGAAUCGAGCAGAUCCUGAGCAUCUGCCAGGCAAAGAGCGAGAGGUGUACCUUGACCUGUUGUGUCGGUACGACCCAGCAGCGGUGGUCCGCAACCUCGACGCGAGAGACGCCAGCUUUUUUGAUCUCGAAAGGCUGGUAGAGGCGUGCCGAAGCAGCGAUGCGGCUAUCGACGGUAGCAGGGUAGCGACGAACAGUGAUGCGGUGCUGUGGGCGCUCGAUCGACUUGGACGAUCCAAAGAGGCUUUCGAAGAGCUCGACAUGGCGUGUGCCAGGACGGCCGACUCGCUUGUCUUCGUGGCAUCUUCCGACUCUGCUGGCGGCGGCCCGGUCUCGACCGACACAAACGAGUUGCUGGGCGAUGUGAGGCGCUGUGUCAAUGUCGCUGUGCGACUGUGUAUCGAGCGCGCAAACGCAUUUGGCGGAGUCGACGAGAGCGAUGACGAGGAUGGUGGUGCAAGAAGGAUAGGUCGUCGAAAAGCAGAGCAUGUGGACACGGACGAAGUGUGGUACAGAUUGCUCCGCAGCCUGGUCCGUCUGGUUCAUGAUGUUGCUCACCUUGGCGCGCCUUGCUCCUCUGCCACUGACGGAAAGGGCAAAGAGAAGCUCGGAUCUCGCCGUCCCAAGCAGAUGCUUGAUGGUGUUCGGGAUAUCGUACAGGACACGCUGUCGGAUCUUAUCUCAUCGACUGCGGCCGAGGCGGUCUCUUUCCCCGCGCUGUUCCGCCGGCUUACUGGCUCGGAUAGUGAUGCAAAAGCAAGCGGUGUAAAGGAGCAAGGAGGAGCAGCCGAGUACUACGCCGAAAUCCGAUCGGUGCUGGAUGGCAUGCUGUCUGCUUACCACUUGCGAUCGGAACUGUUGGCGAUCACCAACAAGCUGUUUGACCGAGAUACGUUCCAUCAGUUCCGCCGCUUGCAUGCGCGACGGAAACACGGAUGGCGUCCGGCGGGUGGAGCAAAUGCGCAAUGUGCUGGAUGCGGCGUGCUUCUCAUUGGUCCUCGACGCGGCAUCACCGCUACAACUUUGAAUGCAGACAACGGAAAAAGCACCGAGAUGCUGGUCAAAUCGCCAGACGCCGGCAAAGAUGCAGAGACGGACGAUCUGAGGAGGAACGUCUUCCAGCAAUCACGCAACGCCUCAUUCUCGUCUGCACCCGGUAGCCGCAGAGCCAGCGUCACUCAACUCAGCUCGAUGCUCACGCCUGGCAGCUCGCUGCUGCAGAACCACCACCGCCGCGCCAAAUCGCCCUACGACGAGAAGGCGGCGCCUCUGGCUUCUCCGCGCAUCGACAAGGGCAAGGGCGUGGUACGGUCCGCCUCGUCUGAGUUUUCGCGCGUUCACGGGGACAGAGCAGGUGGCAGCAGCAGCGCGAGCGGCGGCGGCGGCGGCGGUGCAAGUCGUCGACACGCUAGCGAGGGUGGUGAGGUGGGAGGGGCGGAAGCCGAGUUGAGCGAGGUGGACGGGUACUUUGCCAGCGAGGAUUUGGACCGUCGGCCGUCGUGGCCUGGCUUGGCUAACGGUGGCGGUAGCAGUGCGGUGAUGGUGAGAUCGAAUUCGUCGGCGAGCAGCACUGGCUUCUCUCUGCGUAUUAAUGAUGGGCCUGAGCGAAAGGGCUCAUUGGAAACGGAGGCAGGACAGGGGCAUGCGGGGGUGGACAACGUGGAGGAUGGAGAUGGGACGCUGACGCCGCGGCAUUUUGGACAGACGGGGGAGGAGGAAAGCGGUGAUUCACAGGGUCGACUUUUGAACGAGGAUGUAUCGGCAUUCGAUGUGGCAGACAAGGAGUCGGAUGGCGUGGUGGAUAGGGAGGGGGAGAGGAUCGUGGUCCAGAAAACGGGGCUGGUGUACCAUGAGAGUUGCUGGAAGCUGCAGCAUCCUGAGCAGCAGGAUCUUUGA